ACCCCCUUCCUCCCCACCCAAUACCCUUAUCCCAUCAUCAAACCCUUUGAUUCUCCGAACCCUUCUCUUCCCUUCGAUCCCGAAACCCUUGCCAUCCAUCCAUUCUCGAUGGCCCGAACGAAGCAGACCGCCCGCAAAUCCACUGGCGGCAAGGCUCCCCGGAAGCAGCUGGCAACCAAGGCCGCCCGGAAAUCGGCCCCGGCCACCGGCGGCGUCAAGAAGCCCCAUCGCUUCCGCCCCGGCACGGUGGCGCUGCGUGAGAUCCGCAAGUACCAGAAGAGCACGGAGCUUCUCAUCCGCAAGCUCCCCUUCCAGCGCCUUGUCCGCGAGAUCGCCCAGGACUUCAAGACCGACCUCCGCUUCCAGAGCUCUGCCGUCGCCGCCCUCCAGGAGGCGGCGGAGGCCUAUCUCGUGGGGCUCUUCGAGGACACCAACCUCUGUGCGAUCCACGCAAAGAGGGUUACGAUCAUGCCCAAGGACAUUCAGCUCGCCCGUCGGAUCAGAGGGGAGAGGGCUUGAUCGCCGUUUGAUAAUUGGUGUUCCCGCUCGGGCUUUAAGUGUUCAUCUUAGGGUUAGAUGAAGUGCUGAUUGGAUGUAGAAAAGGGUGUGGAAGUUGUACUUUGGAUGGUGUUUUGUUUAAAUGUUCACUGGUUAUUUCAUAGAUCUUUCUGGGAUAUAUUCGUGCGAGUUUUUUUUAAGCUA